CGCCGCCGCAGUCGCGCGCUUGCACUCUCAGCGGUGAGCGGAGUCUUCUAACGUGCGUAACACAUAAUACACACGGAACGCCGGACACACGUCUCUCUCACACAAUCAGUGGUACAUAUACAUAUAUAUAUAUAUAAACGUGAAAAUACAUACGGCAUAUAUAAUACAAUAAAUAUACAUACAUAUAUAUAUAUAUGUAUAUAUAUAUAUAUACUACGUGAGCCUAUGUUUUGUGUACAUAGAAGACGCGCACUGGUGGUAAACAAACACACACAGUAUAUCCAUAUAUAUAUUUAGAGUAUACACAGAACACGUACACAGAUACAGAUUUACGCAAAAUAUACAUAAUAUACAAUAUUAUCAAUAUAUUUUCGUGAAGUUUUCAUUGCUCCGUAACGCAAGCACACAAGCACGUUAGCACGUACCCAAUUAGGGUUGGAAAAGAAAGAAGAGGCGUGUUAGUUUUCUUCAAAGUUCCCUCCUUCAAAAUCGACGUCCCGUGAGAGACUCAAAUCGUGUACGCGUGCUGUCCCUCUCUUUCUUGUCAUCGCGUCGUCGUCGUCGUCGUCGUCGUCGUCGUCCUACUACUACUCCUCGUCAUCGUCGUAGUUGUCGGUGUCGUUCAGAUGAACGAGAGAGGCUAAAGAGAGAACCCUCUCCCGCGGUGUCUUCGUCGUGUAAUCGUCGUCGCCGUCGUCGUCGUUGUUGUUGUUGUCACCGUCAUCGUCGUCGUUGACGUCGGGCGCGCGCUGCGAGAAAAGAGAGAGAGAGAGAGAGAGGGAGAGAGAGAGAGAGAGAGAGAGAGAUAACGGCACGGUCGGUGUGACAAGACAAGUACACACAACGUCGUUAAGAUAGAAGAGAAGGAAGCUGACAGAAAGAGAGAGAGAGAGAGAGAAAGCAAGAAAAGAAGACUACGAGAUUCGGAAUCGGCGUGUUUUCGUUAAAAAAUAAUAAUUAAUAUUAACGACAAAAUUACAUUUAAUAAAAAAAAAAAGAGAUAGAAAGGGGGGGAUAGUAAUCGCGUUGUUUUUUUCUCUCGCAUAGUUUGAUUAUUUCAACUACACGGUUAAUGCGGGGCUUCUUCAUUAAUCAACGUUCGUCUCUUCUUGGAUGUGUGCGCAUAAGAAAUACAAAUUCAAAAAACAGGAGUAGCUCGUGGAGAAGAAAUAGAAGAAGAGGAUAAAAGAAGAAUACUAAUAAUUAUAAUAAUAAUAGUGCCGUGUGUUUACACGUGUUUUGUACAGUGUCAAGUGUUAACCAAUCACAGGGAGCGGAAGGAGAACGACACGGGUGGACGACAGCCAAUCAUCUUAUUUCUUCUUUAAAUUACGGACAGUGUUGAUCUCGCGGGCUGUCGAGAUUUCACUCUGGAUACGUCGUUAUGUGGGUUUCCAAUAUUGAAAGGCACUUUCAUUCUUACGAUAGAUUGGUUAUAUAUACCUCAAGCCAUCAACGGGCGACGAUUGCAUAAGGAACUUUAUGAGAGGGAUUAUCGAUGCGCGCGCGAGCACGCGACACUCGAGCCCUUCCGCAUGAGGAGGAGACAGCAGGAAUCGGCGGAGGAGGAAGAGAAUCAUUUCGUGAUCCUUCGAAGAUCGCGAGAAUAUUUUUAUCGGCGUUCAUAGUAAAUACGCUGAGAACGACAUAGCCGUAUACGUUAAUGCAACAAGAACGUUAACAAUAAUAAAAUAUAAUCAUUACUCUAACUGGUUAGAGUUUACAAAAUAAGCAUCAUCUGGUCGUCCUUAAGUUUGAAAUAACAUCGACACGUUGAUACGAAACUCGGUGGUCUCGUCGGGUGUGCGUAUCGAUCGUCUCGUUGAAACAGUAAAAAGAGAGAGAGAGAAAGAGAGAGAGAAAAAGAAGAAGGAGAAUAAGAGUAGGGUAGCUCUCUCUUUUCAAAGAUCUCAGGAAGGAACGAGUACUUUUGGAGAGCAGGAGUUAAAAGACGCAUUAUAUUGCUCAUACGUACAACUAAAAAAGAUAGAGAAUGUAAAAGGGGAAAGAUAAGAUAAAGAUAAAAAAGAAAAGAGAAAAAGAGAGAGAUAGACUCAUCGAAACAUCAACACUGCCUUCUCUCGUACGGCGAGAGACGAAAAAGAGAAGCAGAAGGAUAAGGACAAAGGUGGACUUCGUUAGUUUUUUUAAGAAAGGUUAAAAAAGGAAGGAAAAGCGUACUGUUGUAGAGGUCACGUAGGUAAAAAAGAAGAGGACUCGUCACGGUGGCCAGCUUAGUGAGCGGUAACGUAGCGGUGCGUUACGAUGAAACGUCGGGGGUGGUCGGUGCAGGGGGUGUCGUCCUGGCAGCGACGUCCAGGCUAGCCACGGCUGAUCCACCGACAUCCACCAUGGACACCAGCGACUCGAGUAUGGAAACAAGCAAUGGCACCGGCAAUACGACCGGUGUUGCUGUCCCAGGAACCGUUCCCGGGGUCAGUACGAUCGCCUCCGUCGUUGCUAGCGCAGCGUCCUUGGCGCUUGUCAAGGCCGAAGCGCCCGAACACCUGGCCGGGACAUCGGCGACGGUAUCAGCGGUCACUGGACCGGUUGGUACCGGAAGCGGUCUCUUUGCUGGGAUCGCCAGCAGUAACAAGACAUCCAGGCCGGACGAUUGGCUCGCCACUGGCAGUCCCGGUUCACCUCCGGUAGCCCUACAGAGUCAGCAUGUCGUGUAUACAACACCUCAACAACAGUUGUCCGAUCCUCAACCUCCUCUAGCUCACUCGAGCCCUCUAGCCCAUCAACAGCAGCAACCUGCCGCGAGCAACAACGGUUACGCGAGUCCGAUGAGCACCAGCAGCUAUGAUCCCUAUAGUCCCAACAGUAAGAUAGGCAGGGAUGAGCUCUCGCAGCCCGGUUCGCUUAACGGUUAUGGAAGUGGUGGUGGUGGUGGUGGUGGUGGUGUUGGUGGCGGUGGUGGUGGAGGCGGCGGCGGUGGCGGUGGCGGAGGUGGCGGAGGAGGAGGAGGAGGAGGUGGUGGAGGAGGAGGUAGCGGCGGAGGAGGCGGUGGAGGUGGCGGAGGAAAUCCCGUUGGUAGUAGUAGUGGUAACGAUGGUUGCGAUGCAAGGAAAAAGAAAGGUCCAACGCCAAGACAACAGGAAGAACUUUGUUUGGUCUGUGGUGAUCGGGCUUCUGGUUAUCAUUACAAUGCACUUACUUGUGAAGGUUGUAAGGGAUUCUUUAGACGCAGUAUCACGAAAAAUGCGGUUUAUCAGUGCAAAUAUGGAAACAAUUGCGAAAUUGACAUGUACAUGCGUCGUAAGUGUCAAGAAUGCAGGCUCAAGAAGUGUCUUACGGUUGGCAUGAGGCCGGAAUGCGUUGUUCCUGAAUAUCAAUGUGCGGUCAAACGCAAGGAAAAGAAGGCUCAGAAGGUAGGGGAAAAGGACAAGCCGAAUAGUACGACGAUGAACGGUUCUCCAUGUGGGUACAGAACUUGUGAUCAAGUAGUAAAGAUCGAACCGACGGAAACAGAACCCUUGUCCUUGCCCGGAAAAGCUGCUAGCGGAGGGGUAGUCCUCAAUCCAAUGAGCCCUUACAGCAACGUCAAACCUAUCAGCCCCGAACAGGAGGAGCUGAUACACAGGCUCGUUUAUUUCCAAAAUGAAUACGAGCAACCCAGCGAGGACGAUCUCAAAAAGAUCACGCAUCAACCAACGGAAGGAGAGAACCCCAGCGAUUAUAGGUUCAGGCACAUCACAGAGAUCACGAUAUUUACGGUCCAGUUAAUUGUAGAAUUUGCGAAAAGGUUGCCCGGUUUCGACAAGUUGAUGCGCGAGGAUCAGAUCGCAUUGUUGAAGGCAUGUUCGAGCGAGGUUAUGAUGCUGAGAAUGGCAAGGAAAUACGACGUACAAACGGACAGUAUAAUAUUUGCGAAUAAUCAACCAUACACCCGCGACAGUUACAACGUCGCCGGCAUGGGCGAAACCAUCGAGGAUCUUUUACGUUUUUGCCGGCAGAUGUACGCCAUGAAAGUAAACAACGCUGAAUACGCGCUACUUACGGCCAUCGUCAUAUUUUCAGAGAGGCCAAACCUGAUAGAAAGCGUGAAGGUUGAAAAAAUCCAAGAAAUAUAUUUGGAGGCCCUCAAGGCGUACGUCGACAAUCGUCGAAAACCUAAGUCCGGCAUAAUAUUCGCCAAAUUGUUGUCAGUAUUGACCGAACUGAGGACCCUCGGCAACCAAAACAACGAGAUGUGCUACAGUCUUAAGUUCAAGAACAAAAAGCUGCCACUUUUCCUCGCCGAGAUCUGGGACGUGGGGACCUAGUUUCCCAGUUGCCGAUCACCGGUCUUGGCACCGGUCGGCUGAAUGUGUUUGGUUUAUUCGAAUCUUGUGGCUCGCGCAUCACGUGACGACGAGAACGAGGACGAGGACGAGGACGAGAACGAGGGGGAGACGAAAACGAGGGGGGGACGAGCGAGCAAGCAAGCAAGCAAGCAAGCAAAUGGAAGAUUAGCGAAAGGAUUAGAAGAU